GGUCAAAGUUCGACGACCUAUCAACACGAGCACUGUUUUUCACGGAGGCGUUGCAGUGUGUGAUAAACUGGUGGAGCACGGGCACCAAUAGUCAAGAGGACUACCAUCUAUGGCACAAGCAAACAGAGAUGAUGGACAAGCUCAUCCUGGCACACACAUGUGUGGCACUGCGAGACUCGGAGCAUCUACACAUAUACAAAAGCCUCUGGACACACGACGUUACCGUGUGCAAAGAGUGCUGCGAUGCAUACCACCUCUCCAGGGACAACUGGUACAAGUUGUAUUUGGGCAGUGAGGAACUGACGGCGACCGCGUUCAAGGCGAUAUACGACCAGAUGGACACCACUCGUCUGCUGCAGGCUUUCGGCUAUUACGUGCAAACGUCGCAGACGGAUAAGUGGGUGCCCAUCUACGAGGUGUUGGCUUAUCCUGAGCUGCUGGAAACAUCGAGCGAACUCAGCGAUUCGUUUGCCACCAUGAUCCAAAUGUACGACACCUAUGAGGUGGAUCUGUCCAUGCCUGGCUAUUCGAGUGGGAAGGGCCUGUUGCUCAUCCACCCGAAUGACAUCGUCAGGAACUGGGCGACUGCCCAAUACAGCAAGACCAAGAUGAGUGUGGAGGACUUUGGCGCGUUUGAGCCUGCGUUCUCACGCGUGUACAUGGGAAAACUCAAGGAGAUCAACGAUGAAGAUGGCUCCAUAGCGACGAAAGACAACCAACGUGACAACAAACGGUUCUUUCGCGGAUUGAAAGAGGUGUUGGAGGGCUUUGACAAGCGCGUGGCCAAGUGCAGAGAGUUCAAUGACAUCGCCAACAAACUCACUGACCAGAUCACCUCCCAGCUGUCCGUCGAGUGCGACUAUCUAUUCGAGGUGCUCGACUGCUUCUACACUCUCGUCAAGCUACUGCAGAACAAGAUCUGGUACUACUCAACACUUGCGCUGGAAGAUAUCCUGAACGGCCUGUUCAGGAACCCCUCGUACCUAAAGCUACUGAAGUGCUUGGACACAACAGGAUACAAUGCGAUGGUUGCUAUUAAAUGGGUGGUACCUUUGUGCUUGUGGUAUGGCCAAUGGCUCAAACAAUUCGACGGCAAAGUAUCG